AUGUCCAUUGAGGCCAUUCAUAUGAUGUGCUGUUGGCUUAGCGACGACGCUGAUUUUCGUCGUCGGCAUGACCUCAAGCGUGCCAUUUUUGCCAUACUUGGAGGGCAACAAGGUAACUUGGAUGACAACGCCCUCAAUGCUAUCAUAGCGCGAUUGGAAGACGACGACAAUCUAGUCCAGUAUGAAGCUAUUUCCACACUCACAAAAUUCACGGCGCUGGAAGCUCGAGUGCUUCAUGCUGUCGAAACACAGUUUUUGGAUCCAGAAAUGCAUGUUUCAGUGCGAUGCAGUGCUAUCAAAUUACUUGGGAAACAGUCUCGGCUGGAUGAUCAGUUCGUCGACUUUCUUGUGCACGAACUCCAAGGCGGCAGACCACAAAUCCGGAUUGCUUGCAUUGAGGCUCUUGCACACCACCUCAACGACGACGUCUUGCAGUCUAUCACGACGCGGCUCAACGAUACAACCGAAUAUGUCAGGGACGCAGCUCUCGAAGUACUUAGAAGCCAGCCCCAGCGUAGCAAUGAUGUCUUCCAAAAGAUGAUAGCGUUGCUUGACCGGAGCGAAGAAGUAUUCGGUCGGCGACACAUUGUUGAAUCUCUGGGGGUCUGGCCUCAGUCUGAGGACGGGAUUUUCAAUGUGAUCAAAACUCAACUUGAUCACGAAAAUAAUUACGUCCGUAUAGACGUUCUAAGGGCACUUGAGAACUGGUCUCAGAUUAGUGAUAAGAUUCUCGACAUUGUCGCGGUUCAACUUGAGCAUCAUGAUUGCUAUGUGCGGUCUCAAGCAAUCAAAACACUUGGAAGCCGGCGGCAACUUGAUCAUAGUGUCCUCGAUGCGAUCAAAACUAGAGCGCGAGUUGAUAACGAAGAGGCCUUGGAAGAGGCCAUCAGGGCCCUCAUCACCCAUUCACAAGUUGAUGACGACACCCGCGAUAUAAUCAUAGCUCGGCUUCACGAUGAGGACGCAUCGAAUCGAUCUGCAGUUCUCAAGGCAGUUUGCUUUUGGUCUGCACCUGAUGUUGAGGUUGUUGACCUUGUCGUGGCGCAUCUCAAAGACGAUCAGUGGAACGUAUCUGUACAAAUCGAUGCACUUUGCGCCCUUCGGGCAUGGCCUCAACUUAACGACACUGUUCUGUGCACCAUUGCUGAUAAAUUGGGGGAUAGAGAUAAUGCUGUGGAGGAUCAAGCGGCAAUGGCACUUAUGAACCGACCUCAACCAAAGGGCAAUGCAAUGAAAGCUAUUGCGAGGCGAUUGAUGGACAAGCGGGGGUCCUCCCUUAACGUCCUGAGGACACUUCUCCAAGGGCUGGUGAAAUGGCCUGAACUUGACGGUGACGUUCUCUGCGCUAUCGCUGGGCUGUUUGGAUUUGAUAAAGGCAUGGCUGGUCUGGAUCAUAUAAUUUGCAGAUUGUUCCGAAACCAACCUCAGCCUGCGAAUGAAGUCAUCAAAGCAAUCAUGGUGCAUCACGAGCACGAUUCGUCGUGGAAUCGGUUAGAGGCUCUGCAGGCACUUGGCACUUGGACUCGACUUGACAUUGAUACUCUACUCACCAUUGCAACGCACCUGGAGGAUCCGGACUCUCAUGUCCAGGACGCAGCGUUUCGUGUUCUGAUAAAGCAGGAAUCUCCUCCAUUUGUGAUGCUAGAACAACACAUACCAUCGCUGUACCGAAUAUCCUUACGGAUCAGCUUCGGAGCACAUGUCUACUGGACCACCGAGAAUGGAAAACUUUGCAUAGUCAUGGGAUUCAGAAAGAUAGUUUGGAAUGAUGAGGCUGAAGAGAGUGAGUCUAGGUCGGGCACUGAUAGUAGCCUUGGUCUACAAUUACGGCAACGCGCGCCCGAGUGGCUCAGGGAUUUUGGGCUGGGAAAGCGAGAGUCGUGA